AUGUUUGCUAGCAGGAUCCUGCUCUGCGCGCUUGCAGCAGGAGCAGUUUCUGCAGCCGUGCCUGUUGAGACAACCGAUGCUGCUUGCCCCGCUAGCGGCGCAGUCAUGCUGCAACGCAAGAAGGACAAGGAGGUUGUUCGCCUGGAAAAGGUGAAGAGCAAAAAGCAGCGAAAUGUUCGCAUUUCGCGUCGGUCCGCGGCCCCGACAUCAGCGACUGCUUGGGUGGCGUCGUCUUUCUCCGACUGUGUCCAAUGCCCAUCCGGGUCCAUGCAGAUUCGCAGUGUGGAGUGCCUUCGCAUCUUCGAUGGUGCGGCUGAAGCAGAGAAGCAGUGUGCCGGCUAUCCCAAACCUCCUACGACGAAAGCCUGUGAUUGUGCUGAAUUGCCGUGCAACAGCAAUCUGACGCACACAUGCUUGGAACCUGCCGGUUGCCCUGUGGAUUCAGACUUGGACACGGAUUUCUUGGAGAUCGGAUGCUUCAAUCGUGCUCCAGGGCAUGAGGCUCCUGGAGCCAGCUUCGGGAACUCCUAUGAUUACACAUGCAUGAGCUACUCCGGUGACGUUCCUUGUAAGAGUGGCGUGCCAUUCUACUCUAUGAGAUCAAACAGCAUGACGCCUAGCUUAUGCUAUGAGUUCUGCACCGGCAAAGGCUUGGACAUUUUUGCCUUGGUAGCUGGAGUAGAGUGUCGAUGCGGUGCCUCGCAAGUAAACCAAAAUGCGCGGUCUCACCUCAUCGAUUCCCGCCACUUGGAUUUCAACCCGUUGGUGCUCAGCCCGCAUACUGACGACAUGGAUCUUUGUCCACUUCGUGUGUUUCGCUAUGCAGGGCAUUACGAAGAGGGAGGAGUGCCGUACGGUCUGACGCAGCUUCUGGAGAGCGAUUCAGAGUAUCUGCGCAGCAUCUUCGCCGGGCACCUGGUCGAACAUCUCGAGGAUGCCCCAGAUGGUCAGAAGGACCCAGCAACAACUCCAGAACCGGGACUCGCCCAGACUGGUGGAAAGCAGACGCCAGAGGGCUACAAUCGUGAUUGCUGGCCUGACAAUUGUGGUCCGGGCCGUGGGCCGUGGCAGGACCGCGUCACUUCGCCCCCUCCCGGUAUUCAUGAAAGGUAUUACGAGUACGUUGUGAUUCCAUACCACUUCGAAGACGGGCUAGAUGAUGUCAGAAAAGAGGCUUUUCGGGUGGCUGUCAGGCGUUGGCACAGACAGUCAUGCAUCGUAUUGGUGGAAAAGCAUGCUGCGGACAUCACCCGUCCAUACAUUAAGGUGGGCGAAUAUGACUCCGGUUCCUGCUAUUUGUCAGGAAUGGGCUGGCCGGGCUUUUGGGCAGGUUCGCCACACUACAGCAGGAUUAACCUCGGCUGGUGCAAUGACAUGAGUGCCGUCGGGAGCAUGGUUCAUGAAAUCGCCCAUGCGAUCGGAAUGAAUCAUGAGCAAAAGCGCGCAGAUGCAGCCCAAGAGUACAAUGGACACGGGCCGCACUUGAUCAUGCACUGGCAAAACAUUGACGCAGGUUGGCUUUCCCAGUACACGCCAGACUUCAAGUCCUACAUCGGCUCCACCAACCAAGGUGCUGACGACCCCUUCUCAGGCUAUGCCCCCUACGACUACCAGAGCAUCAUGCAUUAUCCUUCAGGGGAUGCAUACGAUACAGACCCUCCGGAGAACGAAAACCUCAUGGGCAAUCGCAAACAUCUCACUGCCGGUGACAUCGAGCAAAUUCUGGAUGUGUACCAGUGUGUUGAGCUGCCCACCUGGUCUGACCCCACCGACUGCUCCUUCGAGGACCACUGCUACUGGACAAACCAAGGGGAACUCUCUUGGGCCGUCCAUUCGGGGGCUACUCCGAGCUCGAACACGGGCCCAGACAAUGCCGCAGAGGGUGCGCACUACCUGUAUGUUGAGGCAAGCGGAAGUGGCAAUCCUUCAAAAACAGCCAUCUACGAGAGCCCGGCACUUGAUGCCACUGCCAGCUACACUUUGAGCUUCGAGUACCACAUGCUCGGCAGUAGAAUGGGCUCCUUGGAUGUUGAAGUUGCAGAUACCCGCGGAACCUUCUCGUCUGUUUGGAGCCAGGCCGACACUCAAGGCAACGCUUGGCACAAGGCAUCGCUGGACAUCACUGCGGCUGUGGCUGUUAGAUUUGUUGCGGUCACGGGUGGAGGUUGGAGUAGCGACAUCGCGAUCGACGAUAUCCAGAUGACCUUAAGCAGUCCACCACCGGCAACAACUGCCGCAACCACACCCGCCGCAACGACAACCACCCCAACGACGACCACCACAACGACAACCACCACAACAACCACCACAACGACAACUACCACAACCACAACUACCACAACGACAACUACCACAACUACAACUACCACAACGACUACUACCACAACGACAACUACCACAACGACAACCACAACGACGACGACAACCACAACAGCGACAAGCACCAGCACCUCGACCACCACUUCCACUAGCACAACUCUCGGUUGUCACGAUGCCUGGCUGCCAGACUGGGCCAGCAGUUCUACCGAUGCUUGUGCAACGUGGGCACAGGACUCUACAUGGGGUGCAUUGGCAAACGACAAAAGUCUGGCCAUGUCUUGCCAAGAACAAUUCGCGUUGACAUCCUGUGCGAUGACUUGCGGAUGCGGGGCACCCUUCACGGCGCCGUCAGGAUGCGACUUCGAGGGCGGCCUCUGUGGCUGGUCUCGGACGGGGUCCUGGAUUCAGCAAGACCAGGGAACACCGAGCAAUGGCACUGGUCCAAGCCACGCGCAGAACGGAAGCUACUACCUCUAUGUGGAAGCCAGCGAACCUGCCUUGCCUGGAGAUGUCUUGACUUUGCAGAGUCCAUCCUUUGAUGGUGCGAGCGUGAGUUUUGAACUCAGCUUCUGGUUUCACAUGUUCGGCCAGGGCAUGGGCAGCCUGCAUCUGAAAGGAAAGGAUACCACAAAUCACUGGAUAGAGCUCUGGAGCUCACACGGCGAUCUCGGCGAAAGUUGGUGGAAAGCCGACAUUCCCGUUCCACCGGGCUUCUCUUCCCUUCGAUUUGAUGCAAUGGUAGGCCCUGAUUGGAGAAGUGACAUUGCCAUCGAUUCCGUACAUGUCAAGACCACCACCACGACUACGACCACGACGACCACGACAACUACAACGACGACCACGCCAGCGGUGGGAACGGGGAUUGAUGCAGUGAGCUGUGACUUCGAAGUUGAUUUCUGCAGCUGGUUCAAUCCAGAGGCCAAGAAGUGGACUCGGACAAAUAAAAAGACUCCGUCCAGCAGCACAGGGCCCAGCCAGGCAGAGUCAGGUAGUCAUUACGUCUUUGUGGAAUCCAGCGGUCAAAACCACCCGGAUGUGCAGUUUGUGCUCCAGAGUGCCAAUUUCUCGGCCGGACCAAGCGAUCGUGGGCUGUACUUCCAAUGCAGCAUGUACGGCUCCAGCAUGGGCAGCCUGGCACUCGAGUUUGCCGGCACUGAUGGCUGGACACAGCUUUGGGAGAAGUCAGGAGACCUCGGCGAGCAUUGGUUUCCAGUCUCCGUCACGAUCCCCGGCCAGGCUACUGCCUUGCGCUUCGUUGGCCUCACAGGCUCUUCCUACCGGAGUGACAUGGCCUUGGACUCCAUCGUGGCAUCGGAAAUGGCACCGACGCCGCCACCUCCGAUGCCUGUUGACCAGGCACUGGGCUGCGACUUCGAGUCCGACUUUUGCAACUGGCUCACGGGUGCCGGUGAUGAGGACUGGACACGAAAGUCAGGCAACACGCCGAGUUCCAACACCGGCCCAAGCUCAGCACAUGGUGGAACACAGUAUGUCUACACAGAAGCGAGCGGUAGCAACAAGAACAAGCAGUUCAUCUUGGAGUCGCCUAGCUUUGCUAUCUCUUCGUCAAUGUUAAAGAUGUCCUUCUACUAUCAUAUGAAGGGAAACAAGAUGGGCGACUUGAAGGUGAUGUCUUCAGGAACAGCAGGUGCCUGGAAUACCCUCUUCACCGUGUCUGGCGCCCAGGGAGAUCAGUGGUUGCAUGCUGAAGUGGACAUUCCGGGUGAUGUCAACAAGCUGCGCAUCGUUGGGGAGACCGGAAAUGGUUGGUCGAGCGACAUGGCUGUGGACGACAUCACGGUAGUCCCAGCAUGA